UUCAGCAGAGAGUAUUUUUUUAGUACUAUUACUCAAAAGUUGAGUGCUGAACCUGUUCCGCUAAACCUCAGUAGGGUUUUGAAGCUUCGAUAGCAAUUCCAUGGCGUCUUCUCUCUCUAGAAAACUGUCCGCUGCCAUUCUCUCAAGGCACACGCCACUCUCUUCACUAUCAAACACAUCUCUCUCUUUCUGCACCAAAAGUCUCUCCUCCCCAGAUUCCGACUCCGAGUCAGGCUCACCCCAUCCCACCCCCGAUUCCCCCCCUCCUAACCAGCAGCGCGCCAACGCCGAUCGACCCCUCGAAGACGGUUUGGACCUCGGCAUUUACAAGGCGAUAUUGGUGGGGCAGGUCGGGCAGGCGCCGAUUCAGAAGCGCCUGCGGAGCGGGAAAACGGUAACCCUAAUCUCACUCGGAACGGGCGGCAUCCGCAACAAUCGGAGGCCGUUGGACAACGAGGAUCCGCGUGAUUACGCCAAUCGCUGCGCGGUGCAGUGGCACAGGGUCUCCGUUUAUCCGGAGAGAUUGGGCGAGCUCGCCGCGAAGAAUCUUGCUCCCGGUUCUACAUUGUACGUGGAAGGGAGCCUCGAGACUAAAAUAUUCAAUGAUCCGAUUACUGGCCUUGUCCGUCGAAUCAGAGAGGUUGCUGUGCGUCGCAAUGGGAGAAUUUUGGUUUUGGGAAACGGUGGUGAAGCUGCGCAGUUUUCACGGACUGAUAUGGCUGGCGUUGGAUAUUACUGAGAAGCACUAGUGACCUCCUCACUGCUUCCCGAUGAUUCUUUCCAAAGAGUAUGCUUUAGUUAAAGCAGAAUUGCGAUGACAGUAGACAGUUGCAGGAAGGUUUAUGACUAAAUUUGUGAGAUGGUAUACCUGGCUCUGCCAAGUUGGUCUACCAAGCUAAGAUCGGCCAAAGGGUUUUCAAAGAGACUAAUGUUGUUCUUCACUUGGUAGGUCAGAUCGUCCAUGAAUUCUGUAAAUAGUACUCCCUCCGUCCCAGCUUUUAGUAUCCAACUUUCCUUUUUUGGCCGUCCCAUA